AUGAAGGACGAUUCUCGAACUGAAGCACGCAGCAGCCCUCAAUCAAUAUGCAGUGCAUCUAGUGCUAGACCUCAAUCGCCUCCUGCUGCUGGAACCAACCAUGAUAAACCUCAGUCGCCUGACGGUGAAGCCAGCAAUGGCCCUCAAUCGCCUCGAAUUGUUGAAGAAGGUGAAAUUCCCCAGUCAACUGGCAUUGGCACCUGCCACGAAGUGGAUCAACAUGAGACGCCUAAGUCACCGGAACAGCAAGAACUGAACCCUGAACAGCAGCCGCAAGCGAUUGCUGAAAUCAGUGCGCGAAAGGAAGCAGUAAGUUUCUUGUAUAUUUGGGACCAUAAUGUUAUUUUUGUUUUAUUUCGAGCACUCGCUUUGGCGCAAAAUUUGACGGAAAAUUCAGGCCUGGUGGUUUAUUGGAAGGAUUAA